AUGAUGAACAAGCUUUCAUCAACAGAAGAUUCAAGAGAAAUGUGGAUCAAACAACAAAGAGGAAAAAGCCCAUCAAAGAAAGACAACAAAUGGGAACCAAGUCAAAGAAAGAAAUCAUUCACACACAAAGGUGAAAGUGGUCCAAGUGCAGACAAAAGUCACAUCACUUGCUUUGAGUGCAAGAAGCCAGAACACAUCAAGCCAGAUUGUCCAAAGCUAGCCAAAAAGCCUACCAAGAAGUCGUUCUACAAGAAAAAGAAAGCCUUGGUGGCAGGAUGGGAUGAUUCUGAUGAAAACUCAGAAGAUGAUGAUGAAGAGUCCCUCUUCGCACUCAUGGCAUCUGUGAACAGCUCAGACAAUGAUGAGGACGAUGAGCUGGACAAAGUUGAUGGUCUAGCUACAGCCAAAGAAGUCUGGGAAGCUCUAGGACUUGCCUAUGAGGGUAUAGCAAAUGUCAGACAAGCCAAAGUGAGCUUACUUGUGGCUGAAUAUGAAACCUUCAAGAUGAAGGAAAAUGAAAGCACUGAUGAUAUGUUUGGAAGAUUCCAAACCAUCGUUAACGGUCUUAGGAAUCUUGAUCGCAAAUAUGAAAAUGUUGAUCAAAUCACAAAGAUUCUAAGAUGCCUUCCCAGGAGAUGGAGACCCAAAGUCACCGCUAUUCAAGAAGCUAAAGAUCUCAGCACAUUGAGACUGGAAGAUCUCCUCGGAUCUCUAAAGGUUCAUGAAAUAGAACUGGCUAAUGACGAAGGACUGAAGAAGCAGAAGAGCAUUGCGUUCAAAGCAAACAGUUCAAAAGCCAUUCAAACAAAGGAACAAUCUGAAAAUGAAGAAUCCUCAGAAGAACUGUCAGAGGAUGAACAAGCUCUCUUCAACAGGAAGUUCAAGAGAAUGUGGAUCAAACGACAAAAAGGAAAAGGAACAUCAAGGAAAGACAACAAACGAGAAUCAAGCAUGAAAAAUAAAUCUUUCACUCACAAAGGUGAAGGCGGCUCAAAUAUAGACAAGAGCAACAUUACAUGCUUCGAAUGCAAAAAGCAAGGUCACAUCAAGCCGGACUGUCCAAGACUUGCGAAAAAGUCAAUCAAGAAACCAUUCUACAAGAAAAAGAAAGCCUUAGCAGCCGGAUGGGAUGACUCUGAGGACGGUUCAGAAGAUGAUGAUGAAGAUGCACUCGUUGCUCUCAUGGCAUCUGCAGAAAGUUCAGACGAUGAAGAGGAUGAUGAGGUAAAACCUGAAAAUCUUAAAGAAGAAUUCAAUGAACUACUUGAACAUUCAUAUGCAUUAUCUGAAAAAUACAAAACCUUGAAGAACCAGUUUGCUAAGCUACAACUAGAGCAUGAAAAAGUGUUGACAGAAAAGAACCACAUAGUUAAAGAAAACACUGCCUUAAAGGAACAAGAUUUCGUUAAGGAAGUAACUACUUUGAAGAAAAUAAUUAAAGUCUUAAUAGAUGAUUUAUCUACAUUCACAAUUGGUCAUGAUAAUCUAGUUAAACUGUGCGGCAACAGUCGCGAACUGUAUGAUAAAAGCGGAUUAGGUUUUGACAAUGAAUCAGCCUCAUCUAGUGAAAACAUGUCUGACAUAUCCUUAAAGUCGUCUGAGUCUGGUCAAACUAAGUAUGUUGUGAACUGCAAAAUUGAGCGAGAUGAAAGGAAAACUUCUUAUGAAAAGAAGGUUCCUCCUAAAAAUGCUACUAACCCUCCAAGACCCAAGAAAAUCUGGGUACCUAAAAAUGAUAGAGGAGGAGAAUUUGUAAAUGAAGAAUUUGAAAAAUUCUGUAAACAAGAAGGCAUUACUCACCAAUUCUCAGCUCCCAGAACCCCUCAACAAAAUGGUGUUGUUGAACGGAAGAACAGGUUACUUCAAGAAAUGGCAAGAACGAUGCUAAGUGAAACUUCUCUACUUAAGUACAUUUGGGCUGAAGCUAUUGAAACUGCAUGCUACAUCCAAAACAGAAUAUCCAUGCGACCGUUACUAAAGAAGACUCCUUAUGAACUAUGGCGUGGAAGACCAACCGUAUCGCAUUUUCAUCCUUUUGGAUGCAAGUGCUUCAUUCUGAACACCAAGGACAAUGUUGGAAAGUUUGACAACAAGUCUGAUCAAGGUAUUCUCCUUGGAUACUCCACUCACUCUAAAGCAUACAGAGUUUUCAACUCUAGGACGAAAGCAGUCGAGGAAUCCAUCAAUGUCAAGUUUGACGAUCACUCAACCGAAACAACUGAUAGUUUGGAAAGAGACUUUCUAAAUCUUGAUCUAUCUGAUCGAGAGAAUGAAGAGAUCUCCGAGGAAGUUCAACUUCUGACAUCACACAUGUAG